AUGACAGAUCCUGCCCAGGUGACAUAUGACUAUUAUCAAUUUGGGGACCAAAUAAUUGGAGCAAUAACUUCAUUUUUUGCUGGACUAAUUGGUGAAAUAUCUUUCAAAGAAUAUCCCAAAAUGAAAGAUGCAGAAGAAGAUAUUACUGUACCAAAGAUCUACCAGCAUGUGCUCGCCUUGGUAUUUGCUGUGAAAGAAAUCAAUCAAAACCCCAAGAUCCUCCCAAAUGUCAGUCUUGGGUUCCAUAUAUAUGACAGUUACUCAGAUACAAGAAUGACUUCUCUGAAUACCCUGAAACUUCUAACCUGCCAAAGUAAGAUGGUCUCCAACUUCAACUGUGACAAGUCAAAGAAUCUGAUAGCUGUCAUUGGUGGCCUUACCUCUGAAAUAUCCCUUCAAAUGGUGAAUAUCUUAGAAAUCCACAAGGUACCACAGAUUGCCUAUUGUGUAUCUGCUCCAGAGACAAAUGCUAAAAACCCUUUCUUCUACCGGAUGGUCCCCAAUGAAGCCCUGCAGUACAGAGGGAUAGUCCAGCUCCUUUUGUAUUUCCAGUGGACAUGGGUCGGGAUCGUGGCAGGAGACUACGAUUUAGGGGAGAAGUUUCUGCGAACCUUGAUACCUAUGCUUUCACAGCAUGGCAUCUGUACAGCCCUUAUUGCCAAAAUACCAGUCGUAACGUAUGUUGUAAAUGUGAUAGAAUUAAUGUUAACCUUGAAACCACUGUACAAUUCUCUCACAAGCUCAACAAUCAAAGCCAUUAUUGUAAAUUCAGACCGUAAGACAGUUGAAAAUCUGAAAUGGUUACUAUAUAUGAAUUCAAUGUCAGAAAGCAUUUCGGAAACAUCUAUUGGCAAGGUGUGGAUUAUGACAGCCCACUGGGAAUUCUCUUCACUGUCACUCAUUCGAAGUUUUGAUAUAAAUGUCUUCCAUGGGGCCUUAUCUUUCGCCAUUCAAUCAAACAAAAUGUUGGUGUUUCCAAAAUUCCUUCAGUUCCAACAGCCCAAUUCUCCAAGAGGAGAUGGUUUUAUCAAAAUCUCCUGGGAACAGGCAUUCAACUGCUUGUUUGGUAAUUCUCUUGAGAAGGUAGAGAGCAGUGACCUUUGUACAGGGGAAGAGAAGCUGGAGACCCUACCUGGAGUUUUCUUUGAAAUGAGCAUGACCAGCCAAAGCUACAGUGUCUACAAUGCAGUGUAUGCCAUAGCACAUGCUUUACAUAGGAUUUACACAUCUAGGACAAAAUUGAGUGAAAUGUUGAACAGAGGCAGAGUGGAUCUUCCAAAUCUGCAACCUUGGCAGAUCCACCCGUUCCUGGCAAGUAUCUCAUUUAACAACAGUGCUGGGGAUGAGGUACAUUUUGAUGAAAAUGGUGAACUAGCAGCUGGAUUGGAUAUUGUAAACUGGGUUACUUUCCCCAAUCAAUCCUUCUUACGAGUGAAAGUAGGAAAAAUGGAUCCACUGGCCUUGCCAGGAAGAGAGCUGAGUGUUAACGUGGAGACCAUCGCAUGGCACUACAGCUUUAAUCAGGUGAUGCCCCUCGCUGUUUGUAACGACAGGUGCUGUCCAGGCUACAACAAACAGAAAAAGGAGGGGGAGCAAUUUUGUUGCUAUGAUUGUGUUCCAUGUCCAAUUGGGAAGAUUUCCGACCAGAAGGACAUGGAUGACUGUUUUGAAUGUCCAGAAGAUCAGUAUCCCAGUAGGAACCGAGAUCAAUGCCUUCCCAGAACUCUCAACUUCCUGUCAUUCUCAGAACCUUUAGGGAUCACUUUUGUGUUCUUGGCACUAUCCUGUUCUCUGGGGACAUCUUUGGUACUGGGGAUUUUCGUUAAGAACCAUGACACUCCCAUUGUCAAAGCCAACAAUCGGGCCCUUAGUUAUUCUCUCCUUGUUGCCCUUCUGCUCUGCUUUCUCUGCUCCCUGCUAUUCAUUGGCAGGCCUCAGCCAGUGACCUGCUGCUUACGACAAACGGCUUUCGCCAUCAUUUUCUCAAUGGCUAUUUCUUGUGUGUUGGCAAAAACCAUGACUGUGGUUCUGGCAUUCAUGGCCACCAAACCAGGGAGCCAGCUGAGGAAAUGGACAGGGAGAAGACUCACAAACUCUGUUCUUUGUUGCUCCUUCAUUCAGGCCAUGAUCUGUUUUUUAUGGCUGUGUACUAGUCCCCCAUUCCCAGAUUUGGACACUCAUUCUCUCUCCAAAGAAAUCAUAGUACAAUGCAAUGAAGGGUCCGUAGUGAUGUUUUACUGUGCUUUGGGAUACCUGGGGUGUCUGGCUAUGGUCAGCUUCACUGUGGCUUUCCUAGCCAGGAAACUGCCAAGUUCUUUCAAUGAAGCCAAGUUUAUCACUUUCAGCAUGGUGGUCUUUUGCAGUGUUUGGUUUUCCUUCAUUCCAGCUUAUCUGAGCACAAAGGGGAAAUAUAUGGUGGCCAUGGAAAUCUUCUCCAUCUUGGCCUCCGGUGCUGGGUUAACUGCUUUUAUCUUUUUCCCCAAAUGCUAUAUCAUUGUCUUGAAGCCUGAUUUGAACCGCAAGGAGCAACUAAUGAGAAGAAAUAAGUAG